GCCAUGGAGGGCCGCAGCAGUUCCUGAUGCACCAGUUUCCGAACCAGGAAGCACGGGAUGACUUCGCAGAGAAUGUGCAAGAUCUUCCUGUCGUCGUGCCGGGAAAGGAAGAGUCCGAGCCUGCAAGCGACGGGCCCAUUGCGGACUUCUCGUUGAUCUUCAUCAAAGGGCGCUCUCGCAUCGUCUCCUGCUUGGCCAUGCUCGCUUUCUUUAAGAUGGAGGGGCUUUCCAUUUUGCAGGCAUGCUUCGCGUUGGCAAAGAGUCUACCCCGCAUUGCUGUUAAGUGCCUUCAGCUGGGUGAUGCACGAGAAGAGUUUUACAAUCUGAAGGUCCUGUCGAGAAAUUCGAUUCGGGAGCCGCCGACGCCGAUCACCUGGCUCAAUGGAUUAUUGAGUCUCUCGCGAGCCGGUAAUUGGGACAGCGACGGUGUCAUCAAGCAGUGGAAUGAAAGCUCAGCGAAAUCCGAUCGUCUUCUGGGUGCCAAGUACAUGUGUGUAAAAAAUAUCUUGGACCUCCAGCAUGGCAUUCGAGACCACAUCAUUACGGCUGUCAACAAGCACGGAUGGAAAGGAUCAGCUUACAAUGAGGAUGCCCUCUCAUCCAAGAAGCUACUUCCAGGGCAUGUUUUCAAGUCGGCCAAAGUGAACAAGCAAUCCAGCUGGGUCAGGUAUGGCAAGGUCACCGAUGAGAGCGCAGCGUAUGUGUUCAAAUUCACGAAUGCUGUGCACGACGACACUCCACUCAAGCUACGUCAGAAAGUCACAAAGGCGAUCCUAGAGCACCGAUCCGAGGUUUGUGCACUCGCUGUGGCUUUGCGAGAUGAAGUGGCCUCCCAGAUUCCCAAUGUCGAAUCCUUCGUGAACAACAGGUGGUUGGAACGCCUGGCCAAGGGCGACGUGGGCCUAGAAGUCGAACUGAGCACAGCAGCGGGGAUUGCUCGUUUGAAGCAGCUAUUGGAUGAGUUCAGCGGCAGCAAACCCUCCGAUUCCAAAUCUGCAGCCUCCUUCAACCUCGAUCAUGCUCAGCAGGCCGUGGACGAGAAAACCUUUGCUCUACUCAUGCAGGAGAUCGACUUCGAUGCGCAGGCCUUCGCUGUGUACCAGGCCAAUGCCCAGUCCCAUGCCUCGUCUGUCGCACACCAGAAAAACAUGUGGAGCAAGAAGCUGUUGGACGAAGCAAGAGCCGCCGCAGAUGCGUAUUUAGAUCAUCACGUGACCAGCCUGGUGACAGCCUUUGUUUGGGAAUCCAGCCCUCGUUCAGCUGGGCAAGAUCCGGGAAUGGUGGGAAUCACAGCUUACAAGGAGGUGCAAGCAAACCUCGUGAACUUUGUCGCACCAGCACUCAUAAAAGCUGAGCAUCAGGCUGCCAUGCUGAAGGUCAUGCAGCACUCCCUGGCAGACGUGCAGAAUGUGGCUGUGUUGCUUGCCCCCUUGUUUUCCUACAAGAAAAACGGGAGGUACAACGAGGAGAAAGCGGUGCUCCAGCGUGUGUCCAUGACCGGCGCACAAAUGGAUCGGGUAUUCAGCUUGAUCUUCAAUGACAAGCUUGAUGAUCGUGAUGAUAGGCCACUGGUGUACCCCGGGCAUCUCCUUACGUCCCCGUCCGUCGAUUUGCAGAGCAGUGGAAGUUUCUUGUGGAAGAAGGCGGCCCUAUUCCGCCGCUCCCGCACGAAUGAAGCAAACCAGAUGUCCGGAAAAGACAUGAUUAUCAUGGAGCAAGUGGGCGAGUCAGUGUUACCCGCCUCAACUUCUGUCGAGAUGGCCACCACCGUCAAAGGCGCAAUGAAGUGGGCACAAAUCGGCCCCGACGCCGCGACCAAGCUUCUGCAUGCCCUCUUGGAUGGGCUGGAUUUCCCAGCCAAGAUGGGUUUGGACCUGAUCGACCUGAACCCGCUGGUGGGCAACUUCCUGUCAGCUUACGUGGACGUACAGCAGGGAUCCAACAUCUCGCUCCAUUACGUGUGCUUUCUGACGGAUGACGAGCACCAUGAGUGGAUCAUGACAUACUACAGAGAUGUCCUUGCUGAUAAGUUCCGCGAGGGCAAGCUGAAGGCGGUUGAGAAAAAAAGAGCUUUGUUUGGGAUCCAGCCCACAGCGAAGCGCAUCAAAGUGGACUUGACAACAGUCGACCUCGACAAAGUGACUGGAACAGAGGUGAAGCUGCCGAACAUCAAAGUCGCCGCUGGCAUGUCGCCGCCGGACCUGAGCUUCAGGAGUGAUCAGACGAUCUUCUUGAUGAACAACAAUCCCGCUGGCAAGAAGGUGACAUUCACUGAGGGCGCUGUGCUUGUGGGCUUUGGCAAAGGCAAGUGGGCACAGUUGAAGCAGGGCGAGGAGCUCAACAAGGCUUCUGACAUGAUGUUCACUAUCACGGCAAUGGAGCAGAAGGUGCUGCUCGAGAACCAGCUUGUCACAGUCAAGGAUGCACUGGCUGGCAAAACAGAUGCCCGGAUCCAGUAUCACAAGCUAGAGGAGAAGCCAGGUAAGCCUGGCGAAAUGAAUGUCAAACAGGAGCACCCUGUGGUUUUCAAGCCCGAGAAGAAUCAGCUGACAAACUCCGAGAAGGUAACCCCGGUGGUUGGGGCGCUUUAUGCUGAACCGGAAUCAUGGACCACAUCUUUGACCUCACUCGUGUGGGUGGUGGUUCACUCGAUCAAUGGCUUGGGGCCCGUGCGACCUGUCGUCAUCAUCUCCUCAACCUUCGAGCUGGAUGGAAUGAAAGCCGUUGAGUUGAAGAAGGCCUAA